AUGGAAACUGAGUAAAACAGCUCAAUACUCAUCGCUACCGGCUCUCUGCUUUUAAUAAUCGCUCUAAUUUAGUACACUUUACUAAGUGUUCCAGCAAGUUGUUGCGGGUGACAUACUUUUUAAAAAAGCAGUACUAUUUUGAUAUAGUAUCAUCAUGAUGACAGUGCCUUUGUUUUUAUUGACGAGAAGGUAUCAAUACAGCAACAGCGAUCAUGAAUAAAGUGGCAGAUAUUUUAGGUGCCAUGUAGCUCAUGGGAAGCGAUCGACCGGGUGCCGUUGUCUUGUGCUGUAGUGAUCCUUAACAUCCUGAACUCACCUGUGGAUUUUACGGUGGUGUUUUAAACUGUUUGAAGCGAUGGAAAGCGUCGGAAAUUUCGAGUUUAACAGGAAAGACUUGAUCGGACACGGCGCUUUUGCGGUGGUGUUCAGAGGAAGACAAAAAGAGAAACAUGAUUUUGAAGUUGCGGUGAAGUGCAUCAAUAAGAAAAACCUUGCCAUAUCGCAGUCGAUCUUAGGAAAGGAGAUCAAGAUAUUAAAGGAGCUGAAACACCACAACAUCGUCAGUUUACUGGACUUUCAGGAGAUUUCGGGAUUUGUUUAUCUUGUCAUGGAGUACUGCAAUGGAGGAGACCUAGCAGAGUAUUUACACUCUGAAGUCUCUUUGUGUGAAGAUACGAUCCGUGUGUUACUGCAGCAGAUUGUGGGAGCCAUGAGAGUUUUAAGGAGUAAAGGCAUCAUCCACCGUGACCUGAAACCCCAAAACAUUCUUCUUUCCUACAGCACAAGUCACAAGACCAACCCUAACAACAUCUGCAUCAAACUGGCUGAUUUUGGCUUUGCCCGGUAUCUGCAGGGCAACACAAUGGCUGCCACACUCUGUGGCUCUCCAAUGUAUAUGGCUCCUGAGGUCAUCAUGUCACAGAAUUACGAUGCCAAAGCUGACCUGUGGAGUGUAGGGACCAUUAUCUACCAGUGUUUGACUGGCAAAGCCCCUUUUCAGGCAAGUACUCCCCAGGAACUGCGGCAGUUCUAUGAAAGAAACCGGACCCUGAGUCCCAGUAUCCCAAGGGAAACCUCCAGUCACCUACGGCAUCUGCUGCUUGGGUUGCUGCAGAGGAACCACAGGCAACGCAUGGACUUUAAUGAGUUUUUCCAUCACCCCUUCCUGGAGGCCAGUACAUCCAUGAAGAAAUCCUCUCCGGUGCCCAUCCCCAACUAUCCCAUCUCCAGCUCUGGGAGUUCCAGCAGUAGUUCCACAACAUUUCACCUCACUCCUAUUCGGUCUGACUCUGAAACUUUGAGGCCCCUCCCCCAAACUAACACCACAGCAUCUUCAGCUUCCCUGCUGAAAGACUUGUCUUCCUCUGAGUCUGAUGACUUUGUGAUAGUGCCUGCUCAGUUCACCAGUGAACUGGUAAAUGCAGGAGGCCAGGACAGUGUGAUAAGUAGCAUGCAUGAAGAGUGCUGUGGCAGUAGGUAUGGUCAGUCUAUGCCAGUUCCAGUGCCUACACAAAAACACAACUACCAAAGAAUGGAGCAGAACCUACAAGUGUCUGAAAGGCCUGUACAUCACUACUGCACAAGUGGAUUUACAGCAUGUGGGGAAAUCGGAGCUUCACCUGAAACGGGAAGGGGUUUAUCUCAUCGUAGACACUCCACUGGACGAUCUGGACUGUAUAUACCCUCUCCACAUGUAGGAACUGUUCCCAAAACACUCAAUCAGCCUGAAUCUACUGGCAGUAGGACGGGGACACCAGCCACUGAUCUUACAGCCAUAGAAACAACCCUGACCUACAAACACCGGAGCAAUCGACAUAGUCCAGAGUCAAUAGUGCACAGAUUGGAUUUGUAUAGGCGGCCCAGUACUGGUCAAGCUCCAUGUAUGGCACCUGUUCAGCGAGGCCUUACCGCCCGAACCAAGACCCUGUCUGACCUGAAGGAGUUGACACAAAGUCCAGACACUGGGCCCCUUGUGCCACUUUUCAAGCCUUUGGAAAGAAGAGAGACAGUCAAAAGGUAAUAGUCAUUGGGUUUUUAGUGCUGCUUGAAGAUUUGCUUGUGAUGGAAUAGUAAUAAUAAAGGAUAUUUACUAAUUAGCACUGUGAUUAUAUUAUUGCCUCAGGCUCAUUAUUUUAGUUUGUUUCAUCUGGCUUUGUGAGCUAUUGUUUUUAAGUGUAAUUUGUGCUGUGCAGGUCAUUAACCUGUUAACCUGCACCAGUGCGCAGUCGCACCGAAGAGUCCCCCCCCCCCCCCAGUUUAAUGUUUAUGAAUAGAUUUAACGUGAAAGAACAUCAUUAAUCUUGGCAAACUAUAUAUCAUUUUAAAGGUGUAAGCCUCAAGCAUCGAUGAUAGAGCUCUGUUUUUCGAUGAAAAGCUUAUAACGAAUGUAUUUCUUGCAUUUAUGUAAGCAAUACAGAUCAAACAAACGUAAUCAAAAACGGAGCACUUACCAGUAGUGUCGUAAUAACGAGCCACACACGCAUCCACUGCUAAAAGU